AUUUGACAGGAUGCUACAUUCAAGUAGAUGCUACAUUCACCAAGAUGCUGCAUUCAAAGAUGUAGGUGCUCCAUUAACCAAGAUGGUUUUUAGAGCUGUGGCCAUUAUUCAUGAUUGGCCGGGCCCUGGAGUUUCUUGGAAAGUAACCCCCACAAAUAGCGAGGACACAAAAAUGUAUGAAAAUGAACUUAUAGAGAGCUAAAAAAUGUCAAUGACACCAUGCAAGUGUAAACCUGGUAUGGAUACAAUCCUUUGGAUCUUACUUUAAAGGCGUCAACACUAUAGUCCUGCUUUUACUUUACAGGUUUAUACUCAUAAAAGCAGAUGAAAACACAAUCAAGUAGUACACAGGUGUGGUGUUGUGCACAUGUGACUCACUUAAAUGUGUUUUUACCUGCCGCUGGUAUUUUCCUCAGGCGUGUAGUUUACUUUUAUUAAAGUGCUGACUUGAGGUUGCUUUUGUUGCUGUAAAUCCACCAUGCUCAAACACAACAUGCCCCAGCUUUGCAAAAUCACUCAGUUUAAGGACGAAACGUGGCAUCCGUGGGCUGAGACACGGCUUUUGUUUUGACAACAACCAGCGGGAUUAACGCCGCAACGUACCUUCUGGACGCUGGAAGGUUUAGAGGGCACCAUGAGAAGGUUUUUCCGAGCGCAGAGGGACGAGGACUACAGCCAGAUCCAGUAUCUGACUGCCAAGUGCACACGUUUGGCUCGUGACAAAGCCAUGUCGGAUAGAGAGGUUUUGGUGUCCAGAGAACGGGAGAAGAAGCUGCAGAAUGACUUCCAAACUGUGGCGGCUCAACUUUUCCACCUGGAGAAGACAAACUCGGAGCUGAGGAGGACCCAGGAGCACCUGGUCGCCACCAUUCAUCAGCAGCAGGAGCUGGUGGAGCGCUUGCAGCAUCGUGCUCUUAUUCUGGUGGAGGAAAGCGAGCGAGACGCCGAGCUGCUGCGUCAGGUGGCUUCAGAGCUGCUGUGCCUUCAGAGCUCAGAGGUGCAGCUGGAGGGCCUGGUGGAGGAGCUGCAUGUGGAGGCCCGGAACGGAGGUGAUGCGGACGACGGCCUCAGGGCGGAGCUGCACACCGAGGCCCAUUGUAGAGAUGUACUGACAGAGAGCCUCCUGGCGGAGCUGCAAAGCAAGAAGGGAGAGUUAGAAGAGCUUCGGGACGCCAACAAGAUGCUUGUGGAGGAACUGAAGCAUUCACGUGUUGCGUAUGAAGAACAGGUGAAGGCUCUGCAGGGGCAGAACGACAGCGGCGUGAAGAAGCUGCAGGAAACGUUGGAGCAGUUGGAGUGGCUGUGUCAGCAACAACGCUAUUGGAUGGUGCACAUCAAGAGGUUCAAAGACCGCUUGAUCACGGAGAGAGAAGAUCUGGUGCAGCAAGUCCGCACCCUGGAGAGAAAGGCGGGAAAAUGGUCGCACGACCGCCUCCUACAGGACGCCAACUCUCAUAGAGGCUUGUCCUCGUGGGACAAUGAUGAAGAGGAGGAGAUGGACCCUGAGAUGAUGUCAAAGAUCACGUAUGACGAGGCGCACCCUGUGGACGAGAAGACGUCCUUCAGACGAGGAGAGUUGUGUGUGGAGUUUGACGUUUGGUGGGUGGAGGACUUCGUUGGAGCCCUGACGGACACAUCCGCUGCUGGUAUGUUCCAUCACGUAAACAGACAGGUGGCUUGCAGCUGAUGGAAACUUUACUCCCGCUCGCCUGCUUGAGCGCCGCUCUGCACCUCCAGCCGUCCUCGUCAAGGUAAGCCCCCCCCUUGUUGACCCCCCCGCCCACCACCACCACCCCAAAAAAACGAUGCUGAGGUCAAUUCCCAGCGGGGGCAACUGGAUACGGUAGCCGGGGCAGCAAAUGGAGCAACGUAGAGUUCACGUAUGCUGCCUUCAUGGCGAGAUACACGCCCACGUUUUCCUUUUGAGGAGGAGUUACAACCAGCUGUCAAUUGUUUCUUAGCUGAUUUUUGAACCCGAGCACCUGCAGCAAGAUCAGUAGCAAUAAUUAGAGCCCUCCAUAGAUGAAAUAGCACCCCUAUAUCCACCUUUACUCUCCUAUAGUAGGUAUAGUAAGAGAAAAUAAAACAUAUAUAAGACAUAG